CACCUAUUAAUCCCUCUACCACCAUACUAAAAUUGAUCUUUAACGAUAAUUAAUUAGCACUCUUCUUAAACGUUCCUAAAAUGUCCUAAAAUUUAUAGUGAUAUUGAAUUACUCAGCUAGGUAGGCAGACACCACUUCUUUUGCAGUCAUCUUGGAGGCUGUCUUGAUGCAAAUAGUUAUUAUUACUAAAAGUGGAGUCACAUGCAUGUGUAUGCAUACUUCAAUAGAAGUCUAUUUGUUGAAGGAAAUAAAAUUUAAUAAAAGCAGAACAUGUCCAAAUUACUUCAAAAAAGGUCUAUGAAUUAACAGAAACCUAUUUAUAGUAAAGCAUUAUUUCCAGAUGUUCAGCAUAGUAACUUUGAUAUUCACAUCCUUAUCGAUCACAUAGUAGUACGUACUGUUAUGAAAUCGUUGUACGAUCAGCUAUUCCCGAUGCAUCAGCAACAAAAAGGAGGCACUCCAUAAUGCAAUAACUGCAGAACACACCUAGCAACUUGAUCACAUCAGUCUGAUGCAGAACACACCUACUAUUGAACAUAUUGCAUUUUUUAAUUUAUUGAACUUUAUGACCAAAGACAUGUGGGUUAGCUCUCCCCCAUAGCAACAAUGUAUGCUGGCAACUAUAUAAAUAUAACUUAUUCCUUGUGCAAACUUCAGUGCAAGUGUUAGUUCAAUCUAAAUUACUCUAAUAUUAACAUAUCAACAAGUCAUGGGAUUUCGAUUGUUACCUAUGAUUGUCGGUGCAAAGCAAAUCCACAAGAGGCAGUCUGUUCUUACAAGAAAUCAUUCAGAUGUUCCAAAAGGACAUUUUGCAGUUUAUGUAGGUGAGACAGAGAAGAAACGAUACGUGGUGCCAAUAACAUACCUGAAUCAUCCUUCUUUCCAGAAGUUGUUACGGAAAUCAGAAGAGGAGUUUGGAUUUCAUCAUCCGAUGGGUGGUCUAACAAUACCUUGCAAUGAGGAUGAUUUUUUCAACAUCACUUCUCGAUUGAGUUAAUGAUAUGUAGAACUAUGAGAUAGUACUGUUGUAGAAAUCAGACAAUUUUGAGUUUAGAAUUUUCAUCUUGCUAGGCAAGAGUUGUAAACUUUUGUACAAAGUUAGCAAAGAAUACAAAUGAAAUGUUUACAAUUGUUUGUUGUUUGCUUAAAAUGGAUAGCCAUAUUCUUUAUCUGUGAAAAUCUCAUGUAUUCUUUUAUAAUACGACUGCAGUACAAGAUAGCUCGUUUGCACUUCAACUAAUUCACGAAACAGUUUACUAUCUCCACAAGCACAGCGUAAAAUGUUCUACAUAAUAUCUUAAGAUAUGCAAUCUAGGCUUUAGUUUGGCAUCAGCUUAAUAGUUUUUUGGUAUGAAUGAAUCUCUAUAUAUGUCACGGUUUUUAUAUAUGAAAUAAUUUCACAUGGAAAGUAGAAGUUAU